AUGCAUCUUCUCAACAAAUUUGUCCGCUUCGGUGAAGAACAGCUGGGAUUGCGCGACAUAUGGAAGGCUCAUUUCGUCGGCAUAUACAUGCCUCAAGCUCUACCUGUGGGUUAUCGCAAUUGUAAAUUGCCAUUCUUUGGUAACAACUACGUCUACAGCCAACUAUGCAACAAUAUUACCUGUUUCAUUUUGAUUGCCUUCGCUAUCAUCCUCGUGUGGAAGCACAAAAUCGGAGAGCCAAUGAGCUGCAAAAACAGAAACUUUACCAAUAUCGAUCUCAUUCCUCUGCUUGGAAACUCGGAUGUUGAUUGCUUUGCCGGAAAAUUCAAGUUCGCCUUUAAUGGUACAAUGAUUAUUCCUGGAAUUGGCCAGUAUACACACGUGGCGUUGUUUCUCACUUCCAUGAUGUUUGUCGCGCUCAAGCUAAUUUGGAAUAAGUUGGAAAAGUCUACCGAUUUCUGGCUCGACGAAUAUUUGCAAAUCACUAUGAAGAUCAAGGAUCUCUCAGUGGAGCAAAGAACAAAGGGUGUAGAGGAAAUGACGAAUAAAAUAAAUGAGUACAAAAAGGCGUCAGGUUCCAUAUUUGGUAGCCGAUCCCCUCGUCUUAAUGCAUAUGUCACUUUCAAACUGAUGUGCAUUGGAUGCUUAGGAUUGCAAUUUAUUUUGAUGCGCUACAUUACGGGAGAUGGAUUCAAUCUUUUGUGGGGAAUUAAGAAUUUGUCAUCGAAAUCAUUGUGGACCUCUUUUGGAAUGACUACGAAUUUUCCUCAUCGCAUUAACUGUGGUGUUCACCCUCUGAUUAGAGACGACGUUUAUGUCUACACAACAUCCUGUAUCAUCGGUCUCAAUGUGCUGAAUGAUGUUUUGUUUUCGGCUCUUGCUAUCUGGCUCUCUUUCGUUUUAUUCUUCUUGGCUUUGGACUGCGCCAAAUAUAUGUUCGAAAUUGGCAGACAUUCUCACACGAAGAAGCUCCUUAAAAAGAUCUACAAUACGAAUAUUUCGAAUGAUCAGGCUGCUCGUUUCUACAAUUACAUUGGAUUUGAUGGUCUCGUUAUCAUGAAGACCGUAUUUGACGUUUCGGACAUUGUUGGCAAACAUUUGAUUCAAAAUUUCAUGGCCAACGAGAUUGCGAAACGCUUCGAGGACGAAAUUGGGGAAGAUCAGAGAUUAAUGUUUUUCAGCAACAUGAGAAAUAUGGGCGAAUAUACCAAGUUUGCCGCUGCUCUUGAAAAACUCUUCUAA